AGUGCGGGAGGAGUCUUUGUUCAGUUUCAGAGCGAGCGCAGCUACAGCCUCGGAGCCGGAGAGAUCUCAAUGGGAGCAGGGACCAUGGCGCUCAACCUUAGCAAUAACAGACUUGCUUUACUCACAGCCUAUGAGGAUGUCAUCAACGAGAAGACCUCCACCGACUGGGCCCUGUACACUUACGAAGAUAACACUGACAAUCUGAAAUUAGCCGAUUCAGGAGCUGGCGGUCUGCAGGAAAUUGCCACAAAGUUUGACAACCAAAGUGUGAUGUAUGGAUUCUGCAGCAUCAAAGACUCUGGUUCUGGCCUGCCCAAAUAUGUCCUCAUCAAUUGGGUUGGUGAAGAUGUUGAUGACCAUCGAAAAUGUACAUGUGCCAGUCACGUGCCCACAAUUGCAGACUUUUUCCAGGGGGCAAAUGUUAUCGUUAAUGCCAGCAGCCCUGAGGAUGUAGACUCGACUGCUAUCCGUCAGAAGCUGACCAAUGGCACAAUGCACAUUUCGAGCCCAGUUUUGCGCCGACUCCACCUGAAAGAGGAUGAUGAGUUGUUGGCUCCAGUGGGCACGACAUACCAGAAGACCAACGCUGCAAUUGAAAUGAAGCGAAUCAACCGAGAAUUGUUCUGGGCACAGGCAAAGAGAGAGGAAGAGCUGAGGAAAGAAGAGGAGCGUAAGAAAUUGAUUGAAGAAAGAGAAAAAUUUGAGAAAGAGAGAAUGGAACAAGAGAAGAAAGAACAAGAAAAUAGAGAGCAAAGAUACAGAGAACGAGAGAAACAGAUAGAAGAGGAAAGGAAGAAACUGCAAAGCCUGGAAGUUGAUGAAAUCAAAUGUACAUCAAAGCAGAACAACAAUGGGGAAGUGCAGAAAGAGGAAAUGGAGGAAAACGAGGAUGAAGAGAACAAAGGGUCCAAGAUCAGCGAUUCUGCUGAGAAAGCAGCAGAAGCUGCGGCUCUUAUUGCACUGCGGGAUGGAAAUCCUAGAGAAUUCUUUAAGCAGCGGGAACGAGCCAUGACAACAAGUUUUGAAACUGUACAUUUUACAGGCCAAAGACCAGCUCACCAGACACAAUUUGAAUCUACCAGACUGGAAGAUGUAACGUCUUUCAACGCUCCUGAGUCGAGCAUCGUUGCAACACCAAUAUACGAGGAGAAUGAAGAGACUGAAGUGGAAGAGCUUCCAAAUUUAAUCCAGGAUACAGACAAGCCUGCACUUGACUUUCCAGAAGAACCGCCCAUUCAAUAUGAGGAGCCAGUGCCAGAAUGGAAUGUGCCAAACUAUACUGAGGAACCUGGUCUUGUAGAUAUAGACACUCCAAACCCUGUAUGGCCUGAGGCACCCAGCUUUGUACAUACUGAAGAUUCAGUACACAGUGAUCAGGCAGGCUUCAUAAGUACUGAGGAACAACAUCUUGUGGACAUUGGGAAUCCACAAAUGAAUGAGAAUUUUCCACAAGUGAAUGAGAAUUUGCUGGACUUUUGGGAGGCCAAUGGAACAGACCAGCUAUCAUCAAAAUCACACAGUGAGUCAGCAGAGAAGCCAUUGAUCUACACCAGUGCUGAGGAAACGGAACUGAUUUUAAAUAUGAAAAGCCCACCAUUGGAUGAGACUGCGUCAACAUGUGCAGACAUUGAAGCAAAUAGCCAACUGCUUGUGGACUUCCAGGAAUCAGCAGAGAAAUCUGCAGAGUUGGAGCCCACUGAACUAGAGCAACAACAACCACAGAGCUGUGUGGAAGCUGAGGAAGAUAAUUUGCUGUGUUUUGGUAGUAAUGAAGGUCUGCCAGCACCACCUCCAGACUGUCUUGAUUCACAGCAGUGGGAGAAUCUGCCGAGCCUCAUAGAACUGGAAGGGUCACAACAGAUGAGUGAAGACUACUGCUUUGGAAUACAGGAACUGCCCAAGCCCCAAGAUGCUGAGGCAGUUCAAGAUUUUUUCAACCAAUCACAGGAUGAAUAUAUUAAAGUCCAAUCACAUGUAGAGGAAAAUGCCAAUAAAAUACCAGAAAUUGAUAUUACCUAUUGCGACAAUGACACUGACACAGAUCCAGACCAUUCUCCUGCAGACUGAUCUCACUCGGCGUGAUGCUCUCCAGUAUGACAAUUAUGCUUCAAGUAAAUCAAAAAGACAAAAACUGCUAAGUUUUAAUUUUAGUCUGUGUUUACUAUUUUUAAUUGUAAUAAUUUGAAUGUAUUAUUUUCUAAAUUAACCUUAUUGUAUAUUAAUUCUACUCACAGCUGCUAGGUAUAGUGCUGAAGCUGAUAUUAUGUGACUAGCAGUGUUAACUAUCACCAAUUGCUUUUCAAGUACCAUUUUCAAAAGCACAAAUUUUGUGAAAUGCUAAUUGCUGUUGUAUGAAAAUAAACACUUUCUGAAAAUCCA